ACUUUUAUGUUCUGCCUUCUCUUCAUAGGAACUAAAGUGAAUUGAGUCAGAGAAAAAGAGAGAGAUAGAGGGAGAAGGUAACAUGGAUGCUUGUUUUCUUACCUCAAGAUCAAUCUCUGGUGUUAAAGAGCUUGCCCCGUUCAUUAAAGCAAGAAUCUUUACUUGCCCCAAGAGAAAUUCUGGCCAAUUUAUCACCAGGAAGGUUGCUUCUCCGAUCUCUGUAAAUUGUUCUCUUUCGGAUUCAUGGAAGCCACUGGAUGAUGAUUCUGAUCUUUUCAAGGAUUGUGUCAACAAUUCUACAGCAGAUGCUGAUUGGAGGGAAUUCAGGGCAAGGCUUGUUGUAGGGGAACAAGCUGCAACGUCCGAGAAGGAUCAGCCCUCUUGGUCUAACCCUGACAUGGUGGUGGACUAUCAGCCAUCAUCGUCCUCACUGAUCACAAUUGGAAACAGAUGGGCACACAAGAUCCAUGAGCCAGAGACAGGAUGCCUUCUAAUCGCCACAGAGAAGCUAGAUGGUGUCCACAUCUUCGAAAAGACGGUGAUCCUCCUCCUUUCUGUUGGACCCUCAGGUCCUAUAGGAGUCAUCCUCAACCGUCCAUCGCUGAUGUCGAUUAAGGAGACCAAGUCAACGAUAUUAGACAUGGCAGGAACGUUUUCAGACAAAAGACUCUUCUUUGGUGGACCUUUGGAAGAAGGCUUGUUCUUGGUGAGUCCAAGAUGCGGUGGAGGCAACGAGGUUGGUAAGAGCGGAGUGUUCAGGCAAGUGAUGAAGGGGUUGUACUAUGGAACAAGAGAGAGUGUAGGAUUGGCUGCAGAAAUGGUGAAGAGGAAUUUGGUUGGAAGAAGUGAGUUUAGAUUCUUUGAUGGGUAUUGUGGUUGGGAAAAAGAGCAGUUGAAAGCAGAGAUCUUGGGAGGUUAUUGGACUGUUGCUGCUUGUAGCUCCACUGUUGUUGAGCUUGGUUCAGCUGUCCAAAGUCAUGGUCUUUGGGAUGAGGUUCUUGGGCUUAUUGGGCCUCAAACGGGCUCUGUUAUCUAAAGUCUUGAUUUUGUAAUGCUUUUCACUAAUGGUUUAUGGUAUAACUAUAUUGUGUAUGUUUUCGAUGUAUGUAUUCAAAAUCCGUCACUAAUUUAUUUGUUUGUUUCUCGUUUAGUAGCCUGUAUAUUUUGACUAUUAUUAUUCGUAAACCAUUAUUACUACAAAACAAAGAAAAACUUGAACUAAAU